AAAUCCUUAGAGAAUCAUAGACAGAAAAAUAAUGUAUUGUGACACCGUGCAUAUAUUAAAUCAACCAAUCGACUGUAAAAGUCUAGAAAAUGAGCUUUACGAAGCCAUAAAAGCUGACGAGCUGUACAAACUACAAAAUGACGCAAAAAUUAGAGCAAUCGAACAACGCGUACCGAAUUAUGACAAUUUCAAAGAAAUGGUUAAUGGAGCACAUUUAAAACCCCUUGAACGUACUGAUAUGAAACCAAGAAUUGGAACCAUGUGGAAUUCUAUGAGCGCCGCUGAUACAGAAAUUAAUAACCUGCCGUCAUUUCGUCCAUCGUCGCAGCUGCAUACGUUGAGUUCGAUGAUGAAUGAUCUUGAGGAAUUCGAGCCUGAAAUAAUUCCUGAAACUAACGAGAAGUUUCUCAAAACUUGGAGAAAGCUGCCAGAUAUUCGAUCAAAAUACAUGUAUCUUCUUACUACAAGACAUGUCCUUCGCGACAAGAUCUUCCGUACAGAAAUUCCUGUGGGAAUUCUUGGUGAAUUCAUGGAAACAUUCGUCGAGAUCAUAUCCAAAGAAACUAUGAAUAUAAUUCUGGAAAUUCUAACAAUAUUAAGCGAAUGCGGUAGAUUCAAAUUAAGCACGACGUUCAUGUCAAACGAAGAGAGAAAAACAUGCCGAAAAUUAUUUGGAAAAUUACUAGAAUUCAAAGAUAUCGAAAUUAACAUUAGUUUAAUUGAUUUAAAAUCAAAGUAUUUAAAUUAAAUCAACUACGUGCGUGCUCAGAGUUAUAUUAAUAAAUAUUUUAUAUGAUCUACAAUAUUAAAUUGCACAAUAUUAUACAUAAG